GCUCCUUCAUUCUGCCCUUUUGGACUCUAAUCUACGCAAGCCAUUGCAGUGAGAGAAGUAGCAGGUGAAUUCAUCGCUGUCAUUUUCUUUAAAAACGGUGCAAUGAUGUUGCCAAGUGUUAUUGCGCCACCUGCUAUGUAUCCGAACUUUUUAAGGCCCUCGGCGGCUCUUUCCUUGCCUCCCACUUUCCACUCGGCGUUCACCGCGCACUCGAGCUUCCUCGUAGAAGACCUUUUGCGGAUCAGCAGACCUGCCACCUUCAUGCACAGGAGCAUCCCGUCCCCAAGUGCAUCUCCUCCGGCUACAGGAGCCACAACUCUGAACAACUCCUCCGCUGCCCACGUCGCCAUGUCUACGUCUUUGCCAAAAAGAUCAAGCUCUCCACAAACUUCAAUUUCCAACGAUCCAAAUUACUUGAAGUUUGGAGUGAAUGCGAUUCUCGCGUCAACAACACGGAACGUUUCACCACCACCUUCAGUGCACGGGAUGAAUGCGAAAACAUUCCCGUUCCCAUGUUUUGACGGCUCAUUCCACCCAUUCAUCAGAGCAUCAUAUUUCCCAGCAUCUUCAGCAGUGCCCAUUCCCGGAACUUUCGCAUGGCCGCUCACGGCUCGAGGGAAGCCGAGGAGAGGAAUGCUUCGACGGGCAGUCUUCUCUGACGUGCAGCGCAAAGCAUUGGAAAAGAUGUUUCAGAAACAGAAGUACAUCAGCAAACCAGACAGAAAGAAAUUGGCGGCGAAACUUAGCCUCAAAGACUCUCAGGUAAAAAUUUGGUUCCAAAACCGAAGAAUGAAAUGGCGCAAUUCCAAAGAAAGAGAGCUUCUAUCGUCAGGAGGUUGCAGGGAACAAACUUUGCCUACGAAAAUGAACCCCAAUCCUGACCUGAGCGACGUUGGAAAAAAGUUCGAAAAUGACGCGGCUUUGAGAGAAAGCCCGCGCGCGCCAAUCAGAGAUCACGAGCUCAACGCAGAUUUACUUUUCAAGUCGCCUUCGAUUUCCAGCAAGCACUCAGACUUCUCAGAAUCAGAGGACGAGGAAAUAACCGUGUCAUAAUCAUUAAACAGACUAUGUAAUUUCCAGUGAGUUAUGUUUAUGCACAAAAACUUUGUGAAACGUUUUCAGAAACGUUGUACACGAUAGCUGGGUGAACUUUACUGAUAGGAAAGCUCUCAGUUGAAGGGACAAUGAUGUAACCGCUGCGUUUUUGGCAGCUUGUAUAGUGUUUUGUAUGAAUAUUUUGUAUGGAAUUUUAUACUAAGAUUAUUAUAAUCUUUCUUAAUGAUUUGGGAUACUUGUCUAUAUUCUUAAAUACGUAGAUGGCACAUUUCUAACUUAAAAAAAAUCUUAUAUUAUUUUGUAUACUGAUAUUUUUUUUGUAAAAAAUGUAUAUACAU